GUUUCUCGUUCGUUUGAUAGUUUUGGUUUACAUAUCUUGACAAUACCUGAACUUGGCUACACACGAGUAACGCUUUGUUCUGUUAUUCCCGUUAGUGGAGAUACAACUGUAGAACCUGGAACGAAGCAGAAGCUGUUUUUGGUGAAGGUGGACGUGGUGGCAACCCAGGAUAUGGAGGAAAAAUGGAGAGAGUUUUACUUUCCUCGACCUGGCUGGUGGCGGUGGUAAAGCUGGCAGUACCAGUGGCCCGGGUAGUGGUGAAGGACCUACUAUAAAAGACGGAGGUUCUGG